UCAUUAAAAUAUUUUGGGAUUUUCAAUUCAUAUAAAUUAAAAUGUUUCAUCUUUCUGGGCUUUUCAGGCUUUAAAAUGAUUUGAACCCUCUUUUCUCUGCAGAUUUUGGACUAAUCCAGUUGCAUAUUCUCACCUACAAAGACCAAAAAAAGAACAAAAGUAGUGACAGCCAGCUCACAGUUAUAUACACACAAUGUACCAGGACUCUUCUGGAGCGGAGAAUGGAUCUUACUCACUGACCUUCUUGGGAAAGAAAGUAGGGAGACAUCACUCUGUGGCCCCUGCAGGCAAACAACGCGCCUGGGAGACAACUAACCGGUCUACCUGCCCUGAGGACCCUGUGUUGUCCUCACGGCCUGGACGGGUCCCCGUCACAGCGCAGGUGCUGGGGGAUUUACCAGGCAGCGUACCAGAGCUGAAGGAUGAGAGGCCAUGUCCAAUAAUUCACAACACACAGUUUGACCAAGACAAACUGGACCAGAUGAAUGUGGAGAGUUCCCGCUCCCAUCUCAUCGUCUGCAUCAUGGUGGAGAGCAGGAAUCUGACCAAUGGGAGCGUGAGUACCGGGAAGCUGAGCCUCGUGGACCUGGCAGGCAGUGAGAGGGCAGCCAAGACCGGUGCCAAGGACCACCAGCUAAAGGAGGCUAACUCCAUUAACAAGUCUCUGAGUGCCCUGGGUGAUGUGAUCUCAGCCUUGUCUGCUGAACUGCCACAUGUACCAUACAGGAAUAGCAAGCUGACACAGAUGAUGCAGGACUCCCUGGGUGGAAACGCCAAAACCCUCAUGAUCGUCAACAUCUCGCCUUCAGAAUGCAACCUUGAUGAGACGCUAACAUCUCUCGUCUAUGCGACCAGAGUGAAGGCCAUAACCAACAACGCUCAAAGACAUGUGGACAGCAAAGAGAUUGCCCAGCUGAAAGAGGUGAUCACGAGGCUGAGGUCAGGACAGGCAGUGGACGAGGAGGACGUUUGA